AAGAUGUUGUGAUACCUCAGUGAGUUUGUGGUUUAGCUGUUUAGUCAAACAUGAAACCUGCUCAAAUGUUUUAAAUGAUAUUCACAGAGCUUCAGAAGCAGACAGAAGAAUAAAGAGAGAACAGAUAAAGAGCAACAUCAGAAUAAUAAGAUUCAAAGUGAACCCAACAUGACAGAAUCAAAUAUAAAGCUGAAGAGAAACACACGAGCUGUCACAUCUCUCCGCCUCAUAUGUACAGUCUCUGGUCUCUCCAUGUAACGAGGAGAAGUCAUUGUUUUGAUCCUUCUUCAAUCCUUCUCAUCGAGAUGACGUCUUCAGCUGAUCAUCCUGAUGUUUGGAUGUUCAGUAAAUACCCUUGGUUUACACUAUCAUUGCUGAUUCUCCUGAUGAACGUCUUCACAGGUCAAACUCUGACAUGUGAUCCAUAUCAGUAUGAGAUAAAUGAUCGAUGCUGUCCAAAGUGUCCACCUGGAGGUUGGGUUUAUGAAGACUGCACAGAGUCCAGAACUACUCUCUGUGAGCGCUGCCCUGAUGGAACCUUUAUGAACCAUCCGACUUACCGUACACAGUGCUACGACUGUAAAAGCUGUGAUGAAGGUUCUGCUCUGAAGAUGAAGACGUCGUGUACGAUAGUAUCAGACACAGUUUGUGAACCUCUGGAAGGAUUUUACUGCUCAGACUCGAGAAAGGACGACUGUGUGGAAGCAAAGAAACACAGACGCUGUGAACCAGGAGAAUACAUCAGAGAACACGGAACUUCCUCCACAGACACCGUGUGCUCCACCUGCUCUGAUGGAACAUUUUCAGAUGGGACGUUUACAUCUUGUCAGAAUCACAAACAAUGUGAAUCAGAGGGUCUGCUGCUGCUGAGAGCAGGAACUGAGACAGAGGACGCUCAGUGUGGAGGAAAAGUGUCACACAGGACUGCACAGAUUAUCUGUGGUGUUGGUGUUGGGAUUGUUGGGAUUUUUUUAGUCUUUGUACUCAGAGUGUUUUAUCUCAGAUGGAGGAUGAUUAGACAUCAGAACUCAGGUAAGGCUUCCACUGUGACAAUGAAACAUGAUCAUGUUUAUUUUAUAGAUAUUAUGGUCUGUCUCAUCAAUUAUUUGAUUUUUAUUUCUAAUGUUUUAUUCCAAGAAACAGAAGACAUUCAGGACUAUCUCCCCAGGAAGAUGUGACCCUUAGAGAACAAACCUUGAAGAGUCUGAAGUCAGAUGACUCCAAAGAGUCGAAGAUGGUCCAGCUGCUGGAUCCUGACACACACUGUUGAUAUCUGUUUAUAUGUAUAUAUGUGUAUAUCUAUUUAUAUGUAUAUAUGUGUUUAUG